UGCACGUUUUCGACCACAAACCGAUUCAUUGCCUGCCGCCAUGAAGCUCCUUGCCUCGACGCUCCUCCUCGCCACCGCCGUCGCCAACGUCGACGCGCACGGCCGCAUGGUGUUCCCGCCUCACCGCGGCUACAUCGGCAAGCUGCCCCAGUUCAAGGACCUCGUCCCCACCAACUACUCGGACCACGGCCUCAACGCCGGCGGCAUCGGUGGCACGGCCGGCGGCAAGCACGGCGUGUGCGGCGACCCGUACACCGGCGCGCGCGACCACGAGACCGGCGGCAUGUACGGUCUCUUCCCGACCCACGGGUCCAAGGUCGUUGGCGCCUGCUUCGCGCCCGGCGCCACCAUCGACCUCAACAUCCAGAUCACGGCCAACCACAAGGGCUACUUUGAGUUUGGUCUCUGCAAGCUCAACGGCAAGGGCGACAAGGAGACCGAAGACACCGAGUGCGUUGGCGGCAGCAUCUGCGUCACGCAGGACGAGUGGUACUCGCAGUGCGUGCCCAAGCGUCUGCGCUAAUCACAAGAUGAGCUCUUAGCGCCCUUUCGAUGUAAAUGUAGAAAUGAAUUGUGUGUAUCGAUCAUGA